AUGAACGGCGAUUCAAGCUCAUGGAAGGAGACGCUGGAGGUGGGUAUCAUUGGCCUGGGGGACAUGGGCAAGAUGUACGCCCGGCGGAUCAGCGCGGCGGGGUGGAAGGUCAAUGCUUGUGAUCUACCACAGAAAUACGAAGCGCUCAAACAGGAAUUCUCCGACACAAACAUCAACAUCCUCCAAAACGGACACCUCGUCAGUCGGCGAAGUGAUUAUAUCAUGUACUCCGUCGAAGCCGAAUACAUCGAUCGCGUGGUAGCGAUGUACGGUCCCUCCACCAAACUGGGCGCGAUCGUGGGCGGACAGACAUCUUGCAAAGCACCCGAAAUAGCCGCUCUAGAGGAACACCUCCCACCCGACACCCAAAUCGUCUCCUGUCACUCCCUCCACGGCCCCUCCGUCUCCCCCCGCGGCCAACCCUUGGUUUUGAUAUCCCACCGCUGCACCCCCGAAGCAACAUCCCUCGUCCGCUCCAUCCUCUCCUGCUUCGACUCCAAAAUCGUUGAACUCUCCGCAAAAGAACAUGACCGAAUCACAGCUGACACCCAAGCCGUCACACACGCGGCAUUUUUGUCGAUGGGCGUGGCGUGGGCGGCGAAUAAUCAGUUUCCGUGGGAGGUUACGAGGUAUAAUGGUGGGAUUGAGAAUGUGAAGAUUAAUUUGACGUUGAGGAUUUAUUCGAAUAAGUGGCAUGUGUAUGCUGGAUUGGCAAUAUUGAACCCCUCUGCACGGAAACAGAUCAAACAAUACGCGAGUUCGGUGACAGAGUUGUACAAACUUAUCAUCGAACGCCGCGCCGAAGAAUUCACCAACCGCAUUCACGAAGCCGCACGUUUUGUCUUCGGAUCCCCACACUCCAUCAACCCUCUCACCUCCGACGAACUCCUCCUCCGAGACGAAGUCCUCGACCGAUUUUCCCUGGGCUCCGUCCCCAAAGACGAACGAACACCCAAUUCCCACCUGAGUUUACUAGCCAUCGUCGACUGCUGGUGGAAACUGAGAAUCGUCCCCUACGACCACAUGAUCUGCUCAACCCCCCUCUUCCGCAUGUGGCUAGGCGUAACAGAAUACCUCUUCAAACAACCCCAACUACUCGACGAAUGUAUCCGGAUCGCGCUCACCGACGACACGUUUAGGAGUGAUGAUUUGGAGUUUACGUUUGCGGCACGAGGGUGGGCGGAGUGUGUUGGUUUCGGGGAUUUUGGGAGUUAUCGGAAGAGGUUUGAGGCUACGCAGGGGUUUUUUGAGGGGAGGUUUGAGGAGGCGACGAAGAUUGGGAAUGAGAUGAUUGCGACGAUAUUGGCGCAUACGAAGGAUUAG